UCAUACUUUGAUAUGAAAGAAUUCAACUCUUCUAAACCGAUUUAGAAGCUAAAUAAACUCCAAUGAAGGAAGCACCAAAAAAAUUCGAGGAAUAUUCGUAUGUGAUGUGGAGCCUAUUUCCGCAGCAACCAACGACUUUCCAAAAAUUAUAAUUUCAACAUUUUAUUUAUUUUCACAUUCUGAUGCAGAUAUAGUAUAUAUAUAUAUAUAUAUAUAUUAGUUGUUCUUAGAAUCCAAGGAAGACUCAAAAGGUGUAGAAACAAACAAUGAACUGAGUGAGGAACAAAACAACACAACGAAUCACAUCGUAUCUAUCUCAAUGGUUUCAUCAUUCAGUAAGGCUUUUUCACUUUUUUAAGAAUCUAUGUUUGUUAAAUUGUCUUCAUAUUAUUAGCGUGUGUGUUUUUUUGUUGAGCUGGGUGAGGAUUUAUCUUUUUAGCAACUUUCUGGGAAUCAUUUUUGUUUUUUGUUUGUUGGCUUUCACCACCGGUUUAAUCUGUUUCGGGAGGACUCAGUUAUGGCAUAAAGUGGUUUCAGUCCCCUCCUGAUUGCUGUUGCGGGGAUGGAACUUUGGAAUUUUGUUUCUUUAUUAUUAUCUUUUCAAUGACCCUUUCUCAUUUAAUUUAUAAAAAUGGCUUAUUGGACCUACCAAUUUGCCUCAAUUUUGGUAAUUGACUAAUGAUUAAAAUUUAGGUUUUAUAUAUUAUCAUCACAAUUACAAUUGUGUGUGUGUGUGUGUGUGUGUGUGUUUUUUUUUUUUUAAAUUGUUGUUUAAUCUAGCUGGUAACCCAAUUUUCAUUCCAAAAUGCAUACAUUGAUAAUCCUCUCAGAAUCUCAGAUUAUGUUGUAUCAUCCUUAAUGAUAUGUUAAACUUCACAUGUCAUUAAUUUGUAAAAUUUCUAUUAUAUGAUUAAUUGAUAGCCGUGAUGAUGAUACCGAUGUAACUUAACUUAGUGAUGGUAAAACUAAUUUCAUCUUUGAUCCUUAGGCCUCACCUCUUCAAAUGUUUCUCUUUUCUUGGAAUCCAUAAUUGGGUUCUCUCAUGCUUCAGUGUUUAUCAGUAAUUUGUGUCGACAGUUUCGCACCUUUUGUAUUUCUAUUGCUCGUGAUUGGAGGCACGGCAAGGCCUUUUUAUCCACUUCCUGGCAAAGGUGAUGAUGGAAGUAGGCGGCCUCUUCAAACUUUUCGCCCAUAUAACGUUGCACACAGGGGAUCGAACGGAGAAAUUCCUGAAGAAACUAGUCAGGCAUACCUGAGAGCUAUUGAGGAAGGUGCAGACUUCAUUGAAACUGAUAUAUUAUCUUCCAAAGAUGGUGUUCUUAUAUGUUUCCAUGAUGUUACCCUUGAUAACACUACUGACAUAGCAAAAUACAAAGAGUUUGCUAAUCGUAAAAGAACAUACGAAGUCCAAGGGAACAAUACCACUGGAUUUUUCACUGUUGAUUUCACGUUAAAGGAAUUAAAGUCGUUGAGGGUAAAUCAGAGGUUUAGCUUUAGGGAUCCACAGUAUAAUGGAAAAUUUCAAAUAAUCACUUUUGAAGAGUUCAUUAACAUAGCACUGGAUGCACCCAGAGUUGUUGGAAUAUAUCCUGAGAUAAAAAAUCCAGUACUUAUCAACCAGUAUGUGAAAUGGUCGGAUGGCAAAAGAUUUGAGGACAAGUUUGUGGAAACACUUCAGAAAUAUGGAUACAAGGGUUCAUACCUGUCAAAAGAUUGGUUGAAACAACCUGCAUUUGUUCAGUCAUUUGCUCCAACUUCACUAGUGUAUAUAUCAAAUAAAACGGAGUUGCCUAAGAUUUUAUUAAUCGAUGAAGUUGAUAUUCCAACACAAGACACUAAUCAGUCAUAUUGGGAAAUUACAUCUGAUACAUACCUAGACUACAUAAAGCAAUAUGUUGUAGGAAUUGGACCUUGGAAGGAUACUAUAGUUCCUGUGGUUAACAAUUAUACGACAAAUCCUUCCGAUCUUGUUGCACGGGCACAUGCUCGUAAUCUGCAGGUGCAUCCAUACACUUACAGAAAUGAGAACCAGUAUUUGCAUUUCAACUUUAGUCAAGAUCCAUACAACGAGUACGAUUACUGGAUCAACAAGAUAGGAGUUGAUGGUUUGUUUACAGAUUUCACCGGCAGUCUUCAUAAUUUUCAGGAAUGGACCUCCCCUAAUCAUCGAGAUGACAAGAUUGAAUCCGAACUAUUACAUAAAAUUGCUUUGUUGGUAUCCCCUUAUGAAUGAUUUUGAGAUGUCAUAGGAAGUAUGUGUUUCAGUGUUUGAAUUGACUUAUUAUGUGUUCAUAAAGCUUAUAUCAACAUGUUCAAAGAGAGCAUUCGACUGAAAAGCUAUUGUGUCUAAAAACCAAGGAAAAAUCAAAUGCAAAUUUGUUUUUUCAGAUAAUGAAUUCAGAAGUUUAAAGUUGUGUUGCAA